AUGUUUGCUUAUCAUAACUCAGACACAUCUAUGAAUCCUACAGAAUCAUAUUUACAUGAUUUGCAAUUGUAUAAAUAUUACCCAGAAGGAAAUUUUUCAUUGGAAGAAUUAGAAUCAAUAUGUAUGCAACGUACAGAAGUUCUACUUAAAGAACUUGGAUCAGAUGUUAAAGUGAUGGACGAAGUAUUGCACUUGAGAAAACAAGAUCAUAUUUCCCAUUUUAUGUUAAGAACAGUUUUUUCUAUACACGAAAAAAAAUGGUUUCACAUUCAAGAAUUAAGACUUUUUUAUUGGAGAUUAUAUACUUCAACAAUCGAAGAGAUAAAAGAAUUUUUUAAUGUUAAUAAAUUAAAAACGCAUAGUAUUUCUGAGGAAGACAAAGAAGAAUUGCAAGAAUAUAUUAAAUUGAAUAAUUUAGUUAAUGAGCCUUUUUACAAGGUGCCAUUUACAUUUGUUAUAGAUUUAGUUGAAAUGCAUAAAGUUUUUCUUAAACAUGGUAUGGCUUUUGUACCUGAAAAAGAAUUAGCUGGAUUAUGUUUUGGUUAUUUCAAGGAAAAUUUAGCAACAGGUUUAGAAUCCAUACCAAUAGUCGCAGAAGAUGCAAUAAAUGAUCCUAGAAUCAAUAAAAUCUUUAACAUGUUAACUGAGUAUAUCAAUUCUGAAAAAGAAAUAAUGAAAAAAUACAAUGGCCCAUCGUUAUCAGAAUUGGACGAUGUGUCAAAAAAAUCUUAUCCGUUAUGUAUGAGAAUAAUUCAUGAAAUAUUAAGAAGAGAUCAUCAUCUUAAACAUGGAGAACGUAAACAGUACAGUUUAUUCUUAAAAAGUAUUGGAGUUACUGCAGAUGAUGCUAUGGAACUUUGGAAAGAAGAAUUUACAAAAAAAAUGAGUGAAACAACAUUUGAAAGAGAGUAUGGAUAUCGAUUAAGACAUAUAUAUGGUGAAGGAAAUAUACAGAAAACUUACAAUAGUUAUAAAUGUUCAAGUAUUAUCAAUUUUAAUAUAAAACCAACAGAAUCUUAUGGUUGUCCAUUUAAGCAUCUAACAGAUGCAUUACUUACAGAAAAAUUAAAUGAGUACAAAUUUGUACCUGGAGAUAUUGAAGAUAUCGUAAAAUUAUCAUCAAAGAAAAAUUACACAGAAGCAUAUUACAAAUAUAUGUAA